CGACGAAAGCAACCUCUAAUACGUUUCUACUUUAUUUAUCUGGGAUAUCCUACAGUAUGCUAAGCUGUCUGACGUUUCCCUCCGACGAUGUACUAAAUGUCAGAACCUUUGUCUGGGCGAUAUUACCGCCGAAGGCUACAUGCUCUAUUCAGACAUUGCGAGUCUUUUAGGUAGUAUGAACGCCAAUGGCGCUACUUCAUGCGAUUUAUGUUCUCUUAUACUGUCGUCACUAAGAUCAGAUAUGUAUAAGCUUCAGUCUAUGAGUUGCUGCAGUGUCACCUUGUACAGAUAUCCACCAGAUCAUCAAUUAUUGGAAAUGAUAUACGUGGUUGUGACAGAAGAAAAAAGGCGAUCCGAUUUCAUGUGGUGUCCUGAGGGAGAUGGACGUUGGUAUCUUGGCCCACCGGACCAGAAGCCUUGGCUGGUCCGUGGCUAUAUCACCGUAUAUGCUGAUCUUGAUCCUGAUUUAUUCUCGAGCUCUACAUGCACCAUCAAGUGGAGGAGAGCAGAGUCGUAUUCCGGAUCCAAUCGCUGCUUUGAUCUGAUCUCCAAUUGGCUGUCAGACUGCCUAACGAAUCAUCAUGAGAGGUGUCCUGUUAACGAAAACUCCCCUUUACCUAGGAGAGUAGUGGAUGUUGGGCCACCAGAUGGUUCUAAGCAACCUCUACUGGUCACAACAACCGAGGGUCAGACCGGAAAGUACAUCGCUCUCAGUUACUGCUGGGGUAAAAGACCAUUCUUUACAUUAAGAAGUUCGAAUAUGGAACAGUUGGAACAAAGCAUUCCGCUAAUAAAUCUACCGCAAACUGUCAAUGACGCCAUAACAUUAGCAAGACGAUUGGAUGUUCGUUAUAUAUGGGUAGACUCUCUCUGCAUCAUACAGGGUCAAGAUUACAAGGCAAUUAAAGAUUGGGAACGAGAAGGGAGGCGUAUGGACAAAGUGUUCCAAGGAGCUUUUUUCACGGUCAAAGCCGCGGGAGCACCUGAUGCAUACCAAGGGCUUUUUAAUCAUCGAACCCCCCCAGUUGGUCCUUGUUGCACGCUUCCCAUCGACCGAGAUCAAUCCAGACUGGUAUAUCUUGGCCAAAAUGCCAACAUUACGUUGCCGAUAAAGGAGCCGUUAGACCAGCGUGGAUGGGCUUUUCAAGAAGCGCUACUUUCCCUACGAUGCGUCUCAUUUGGGAGCGAAGAGCUCUCUUGGAAGUGUCAAAGUUGCAGCAGAAGAGAAUGCGCCUCGGACAGUAUAGCAGUCCAAAAAACAUCAAUUAAAAGGGAAGAGCCAGGUCAACUGCGUUACAGCUGGAAUGAUAUUGUUGAAGAGUAUAGCUUAAAGAGCUUUACUUUUGUCUCUGAUAAGUUGCCUGCAAUAGCAGGACUUGCGCGGCUUGGUAGUACUCCUCGAGAUGAGUACUAUUUUGGUGCAUUUAAAAACAGCAUAAUACCGUCGCUCCUAUGGCGUCAUCUUGGCCGGAUUGAAAAUGGAAAGUAUGAGUACGUGAGACAGGAUAACAUGCGACGACGAGCGCCUUCGUGGUCUUGGGCUUCUGUGGAUGGAAAGGUUAAGUUUCUAACCAGCUAUAUGGACGAUUCUAUUGACAUCAAGGAAUUCCGAAUGGACGGUUCUAUUUAUCUUAAAGGGAUCAUUAGAAAGGUUGAUACGAUGCGCCUGAAAAUUUCUGCAAGUUAUUACGGCGGAUACGACAACUAUUUACCAUGGGCUAAGAUCCCUCGUGGAGCAAAAACAUACCUAGAUAGCCUUGCCGCUAUCCCACCUUCUCAUCUUAAAAGUACCCCGGGAAUCACACCAGAACUAUUGGACGUGAGGUUUCUAUACCUUGGGACACACUGCGGUCUCAUUUUGAUAAAAGAAACAAAUAAUCUGCCAAUCGGAAUGAUAAAUGACACAAACACCUUGUGGAGCAGAAGGGGAAAAACUUUGGCAUUAGCAUCAACGGCGACGGGACGCAGAUUAGGAGAGCGACUCCGCCAAAUUUACGAUACCUAUGGCGCUGAUAAGGAUAACAUAGACGAAAAAAGAGAAGAGGAGAACGAAGAAGAGGAAAGCGGCGAGUUUGGGUUUCAUCUUCGUCGACACUCUUUUUUGCGUAUAGGGGUAUUUGAAGGAAUUGCACAGGGGAGAGACUGUAGCCGUGCAAAACUGUUGCUCAGGUAGCUUACAUGUACCAACGAUUGUGAAAGAGGAGAGCUACCUUCAAUAGAAAGGCAGCAGUCUAAGUUGAUUACUCCAUCAUCAAUGAGUCCAGAGAUAUACCUUUUUC